CAGGUCUUUUGAUUUUUUCCCUCUUUGGUUAAAGAAGAAGGGGGCAGUGAAGGAAGGGGAGAAUCACUCAGAACUCCCUCUUCACUGAUAUAUUUCGUGCAAUGUCUUAAUCUCCCACCCUACUCCCCCCUUCUUUUUAACUAUCGCAUGCUAUGGCGAAGCAAGAGAGGAGUUGGAAGAUGAAAAUAUAAGUGGGCAAAUCGGUGCAACGUUGCGGAUUACUUUUGUCCCUUCGGUAGGAAAGGUCUAAGGGAGGUGGAUUGGAUCGGGGGGCUGUUUAAGGAAGUGCCGUGCGCCCGAUUUGUGGAGGGGGGCCGAAAAAAAUCCACCCAAGCUGCUGGAUCGAUGAGAGAAGAGUCAGAGGAUCCCCUGCUGACUUGAGAAAGAAAAGCGAGAGGCAGGCAGAUUACUGAGGAACUUGAAAAGAAAAGGCCUCACCAGAAAGAACUCCAGGAACCAUGAGCAGUGCAGCAUUGCUGACUCACCUUCCAGACCCCAGCAGCAGCUUCAGAGAGGAUGCCCCUCGCCCCCCUGUACCAGGGGAAGAAGGAGACACACCAUGUCACCUGCCUGCCAGCUUAUUUGUCCUGAAAAAUCAAACCUUCAAGGCCAUGUCAGUUUCCUCCACACCAAGGAGGAAUCAGGAUGGUCUUGGGGAGCCAGAAGGCAGUGCAUCUCCAGACUCCCCUCUUGCACGAUGGACCAAAUCCUUACAUUCUUUACUGGGAGAUCAAGAUGGUGCCUAUCUCUUUCGGACUUUCCUGGAAAGGGAGAAAUGCGUGGAUACUUUAGACUUCUGGUUUGCCUGCAAUGGCUUCAGGCAGAUGGACCUUAAUGAUACCAAAACUUUACGAGUAGCCAAAGCUAUAUACAAAAGGUACAUUGAGAACAACAGCAUUGUCUCCAAACAACUCAAGCCUGCCACAAAGACCUACAUAAGGGAUACUAUCAAGAAGCAGCAGAUAGAUUCUAUGAUGUUUGAUCAAGCGCAGACUGAGAUUCAGACUGUGAUGGAGGAAAAUGCUUACCAGAUGUUCUUAACUUCUGAUGUAUACCUCGAAUAUGUAAGGAGUGGGGGAGAAAAUCCUGCUUAUGUCAACAGCAAAGGACUGGGGAGCUUACAAGUGGACUGUGGUUAUCUCCCUACCUUGAAUGAAGAAGAGGAAUGGAGCUGUGCAGAUUUUAAAGACAAACUUUUGCCAUCUGUAAUUGGGCUGUCCAGUAAGAUGCUGAGGGCUACAGCAAGCAUCCGAGCUACGGAAACUAUGGAGAAUGGGUUCAGGUCUUUCAAGAGGAAUGAUCCUGUCAACCCUUACCAUGUCAACUCUGGCUAUGUCUUUGCUCCAACCACUAGUGCAAACGAUAGUGAAAUAUCUAGUGAUGCUUUGACUGAUGAUUCCAUGUCAAUGACCGACAGCAGUGUUGAUGGGAUCCCUCCUUACAGACUUGGGAGCAAGAAGCAACUCCAGAGGGAAAUGCAUCGUAGUGUCAAGGCCAACGGUCAAGUUUCUCUACCUCACUUCCCAAGAACCCACCGUCUUCCUAAGGAGAUGACCCCUGUGGAACCAGCUAUCUUUGCGGCUGAACUCAUCUCUCGGUUGGAAAAACUCAAGCAACAGCAAGAGACCAUGGACUGCCUGGAAGAGAGGCUGCAGCAAAUCACAGAGGAUGAAGAAAAGGAGUGCCCUGAUAUACCUGCCAGCUUGCAGACCAGUAGAGAGACUUCAGUUGCUCAGCAACACCAGCACCCGCUCAAUCUCUUGCCAUCUGGCAGUUUUGAGGAUGACCCACAGGCAAUUCUGGAUGACCAUCUCUCUCGAGUGCUGAAGACUCCAGGGUGCCAGUCUCCGGGCAUGGGACGGCAUAGCCCUCGCACACGCUCACCAGACCGCCUCCCAGGUGGCAAAUUGCUGCUGGCCCCAGGAACAGCCUCAGUACCCACAGCCUGUGCCCUCAUUAGCAAAGGAUUUAUUACCAAGCAGACCACCAAACAUGUUCACCACCACUAUAUUCACCACCACACCAUCCCCAAGACAAAAGAGCAGAUAGAAGCGGAGGCAGCCCAGCGGGUCCAGUGUUUCUGUGCUGGCGGAAAUGACUACUAUUGCUACUCAAAGUGCAAGGGGCACUCAAAAGGGGCAGACCUUCCUGCAACUCAGCUGGAGCCACUUGGCCUCAGCAGGACUGGGGUGUUGUUGAAGAGGACCUCUAAACUACCAGAUGGCGUCAUCUUGCCAGGUGGAGAAGGAGGGCUGUCUGUGCAACCAGGAACCCAGCUACCUGGAGGGGAGGCAGACCGCUCACAGAAUGUUUGGCAGUGGAUGUUGGAGAGUGAAAGACAAUCUAAGCACAAAAUCCAUAGCACACAAAGCACAAAGAAGGCCUACAACUCCGAGUCCACCAGAGGCGUGCCUGGUGAGCGCCCAACCCGGCACCAUCUGUGGGGCAACGGCAGUCAUCCACGUGGGGUGCAGCCUGCCCACCCUUUUAUCCAGGAUCCUGCCAUGCCCCCACUGACACCACCCAACACUUUGGCCCAGCUGGAGGAAGCUUGCCGCAGGCUAACUGAAGUAUCCAAGCCUCAGAAACAACGAUGUUCAACCUCAAAUCAACCAAGAGAUCGCAACCACUUGACUUCAGUACCCGGAGGAAAUGGUCCUUUUUGUAGUACAAGCAUAGCGACAGAAGAUCACAAAGAACCAAAGAAACUUCCUGCUGUUCACUCCUCCCAACCUAGUGAGUUGGUUGUCACUUAUUUUUUCUGUGGAGAAGAAAUUCCCUAUAGGAGGAUGUUGAAGGCCCAGAGCCUGACACUUGGGCACUUUAAAGAGCAGUUGAGCAAAAAAGGAAAUUAUAGGUAUUACUUCAAAAAGGCAAGUGAUGAGUUUGACUGUGGUGCUGUUUUUGAAGAAAUCUGGGAUGACAAUGCUAUUCUGCCCAUGUACGAAGGAAGAAUCCUUGGAAAAGUCGAAAGGAUUGACUGACUGGUUGGCUGGCUGGCAUUGUCUGUGUAUGUCUGUGAAAAGAACCAUAAGCUAAAGAUGCCAGCUGUUGGACAGACCAUGAAACAAAGGCUUUGAAGGAAGGCUUGAACCCAUGAAGAAAAAGCAACAAAAAUAAAUGGAGGUCUAUGAAGACUUUGCCAAAUCAGCCUUAGCAAUUUUUUAAAAUGGUGUUCAGGCUGGGUACUGAGACAUUAAGAACCCUGAACUAUUUAUUAAAAACAUGACCACUUGGUUAUUAAAGAUGCAUAUGAUGUUGAGAGACUUCCAUACAUAAUAUAUGGUUUCUGGGGGAUCCCAAUCCUACAGACUCAGAGAACUGUAUGUAGCUUACCUUACAGUAAUCCUUACUGAUAUUUAUUGAACAGUCUUCUCUCCCCCCCCCCCCCCUUUAAGUCCAUUUUAUGGACAUGCUGCUUUAAACAAUGGAGAAAAGAGGGGAUGUGAUGUAGAAAGAAGGGGUGGGUUUGUAUUUUAUUUUUACAUUGUUUCUACUAUCUAAAGAAUUUGGAUUAUGUCUUUUAUAAAAAAAAACAUUCAUUUCUGCCUCCUUAGAAAACAAACUGGAAUUAUGAGGUGCCCAACAUUUCCUCGUGCUUUUAUUUCUUGAGUGUGAGUGAGAAAAUAACACUUCUAGAGAGUGCUGCAUUUUAAUCAGUGCUGCUCUGAUUUUCAGGCCCAGUGCAGACCUAACAUUCUCAAUCUCCAAAUAAUGGUGAACAGAUAAGCAAACACCCUCAUGGUCUUCUUGAACAUAUCACCCCAUUUCCCUCCUCUGUUAUCUUUUUGAACUUAACAGUAGUGCAGUGUUAUGUCUGUAAAAGUCUAAACACCAACUUUGGUUAGUAGUAACAGAGUUUGCCAACUUGCUGCUUUCUCUGGUUACAAGUUCUGGUUUGAUACUUACAGUAGUUAAUGCCAGUGCAGAAGAUGCAAACGGGGAGGGGGGGAUUCAUGUUUAACAGUAGAGGAUAGUAAAACAGCCUGCGAACAUUUGUAAUUUUCUAACCAUGGUCAGGAGAUUAGGAAUGUUGGUCCUAACCUUGGAUUCAUGGGUCAAUAUUACAAAAGUUACUGCGGAUGUUAUCAGUGUGGUAAGAACAUACUUUUGCCAUGUUGCAUACCCAUCAUAGACACUGUGUCCAGUCCCAUUCUUUAGCAAGGCGAGCAUAAAGUUAUAAAGUUUAAGAGAACUAUUGGGCCAUCCAGUUGAGCUUCCUGACAGACCUGCCUUAUCCCAGGAAGAACAGUAUGGAAAACCAGCACCAUUCAUGUUGACACAAGUAUAGCCAGAUUUUUUAAAAUGGGUAUUUAUCACAAAACUAAUUCGUACUUUUAAAAAUAUAGUCAGUCUUUGAGUGGUAGCCUAUCAACUAUCUUUCCACUAUAAUGCAUAGGCCAAAUUUUCAGAAUAUAUUAUGCCUCAUUUUAGCUGCAAAAUGAAGGGGAAUUAUGGGCUGAUGCCUUUGACAGCCCUGAAUCCUCCAAUUUUCUAGCAUCAAAUUCUGAAACUAAAUUCUGAUUCUUAUCAAUUUUGAACUUUAUAGAGCUUGGCGGAAGCUUUGCAGACUGUCAUUCUGGUUGUAUUUCACUAGGGCUAUUGUCAUUCUGAAGGACAAAAAGUCAUAAAUUCCCACUAUGCCCUGAGCAAGGGAUACAUUUUCACCAAACAAAGCCCGUUUGGUGUAGUGGUUUAAUCAGGAGAACCAGGUUGGACCCUCCACAUGAAGCCUACUGGGUGACCUUGGGCCAGUCACAGAUCUCUCAGAGCUGUUCUCUCAGGAACAGUUCUCAGAAGAGCACUGAGCCCCACCUACCUCACAGGGUGUCUGUUGUGGGGAGAGGAAGGGAAGGAGAUUGUAAACUGCUCUGAGACUCCAUGUGAAGGGCAGGGUAUAAUCUUUUCUGAGGAGAAAAGCAGUGUUUGCUUCAUGGAGUGCUGCUGGAACAGCUUUUGCCUUUGCUCUCAAACUGUCAAUAGUAUUUACUUGGUGGAUUAUGCCUAAAAUGUAAUGUGCUAUAAAAUAUCAGAAAAAUUCCCUACUCUAAUUGUACCCUUUGUGCGUAGUGGGCCAAUGCAGCACACAGCUCUUUGCCCUUGCCCAGGCAUUUUACGUCUACAUUUUGUGUUUGCUGAUGCAUUCUGUUUGCCAUUGUUACAUUUCUUUUGUAUAAUGUGUAUGUAUAUAGUGUAGAAAAUAUAUAUGGUGAGGAGAAAAAUAACCAUUAAUACAUUAUCUCGUGUGUUUAAAAAAACACUUGGAUCAGUACAGUACCUGUGCCUGCAUGGCGUUACUAUGCCAUGUUUCACCCUGUGUUCAGGGUCCAAGCUCUCCCUUGUUUGUUUAAGGGAUUUAUGUAUAAAUAUAUUUUAUGCUUUUUUUACUACAAGUCUUGUACUUAUGACUUUUGUCAUGACAUUUGUUCUACUUAUACUGUAAAUUAUGCAUUAUUAAGAGUUUCAUUUAAAGAAAAAUUACUUGGUACAAUAAUUAUUGUAAUUAAGAGAUGUAGCCUUUAUUAAAAUUUUAUAUUUUUCAAAUUUA